UUAAUGUGUUAACAAUAUACUGGUUUUGCAAUCAGUCGGUGCCUUUAGACGUAGCAAGCUUACUAACGUACUUUAUUUUAAGAAGGGGUGUUGUUACUAUCGCAAUAAAUUCUAUUCUAUUCUAUUCAGAGCUAAUAUGAUGAUGAAUCAGGAACAAGCUAAUAGAAUUGCGGAGGCAUGCCUUGAAAAAUUCGAACGUUUACCCAAAACCGGGAAACCUAAUUUGGAAUUCGAAUGGACGAUUCUGUCGGCGAUUGUUUUGGUGGAUGGUGGUUCAGAGAUAGAAAUUGUUUCGAUGGGAACUGGUACAAAGUGUCUGGGAUCUGACGAAUUGAGCGAAAAAGGUGAUGUAUUGAAUGAUAGCCAUGCGGAAGUUAUGGCAAGGAGAGGCUUUCUGCGUUAUUUAAUGCAGCAAAUGAAUAAUAGUUUAAUCAAUCAAACGAGUGCUUUAAUAUAUAACAACGCGACAAAUAAGUUUGUUCUGAAAGAAGGGGUUAGUUUCCAUUUUUUCACGACGCACAGUCCUUGCGGUGAUGCGAGUAUAUAUGAACAAUCGGAUUUGAAACAAGAACCCACGGCUAAAAGAAUGAAAUGUGAAUCUAGUGAGGCAGGACAAAUUUUGAACACUGCAGAUGGUAUGACCGGAGGAAAACUUUUGAGCUGUACAAGCAACGAUUUAAUGGCGCAGGAUCUGGGUAUGAUUCGCACCAAGCCAGGAAAGGGAGUGCGCACCCUAUCGGUAUCAUGUAGUGACAAAAUGAUACGUUGGAAUAUACUCGGUGUUCAAGGUUCUUUGUUGAUGAUGCUUUUGGAACAACCAAUUUAUUUAAGAUCUAUCGUUUUCUGUGACGGAACCGAUUACAAUAAAGAAGCAGUUGAGAGGGCAUUGUGGAAGCGAUGGAACACGGAGUUGAUUCACAGUGUGUUGCUGAGUCCGUAUAGCUUGAAUCAGUCGGGUAUUUUUCAAGCCACAAACGGACUUUUGUUUGAUUACAGAAAAAAUAGGAAAGUCAAAUUUGAAGGCAAGUUUAAGCCGUACCCUGGAGGAAUUGUAUGGUGCAGUGGAGUCAACAAGGAAUUGGAGGUGGAAAUAUCUGGCAGGAGACAGGGCGUUACGAAGAAAAAACUUGGCACACCGGCAGCUCGGCUGAAGAUAUCUAAAAUUGAAUUAUUUUCAACGUUUGUUGGCAUCCAGAACAAGCUACUGGAAGUAGCCCGAACACGUGGACCAGCUGAAGUCAUCAAAGGGACUGGAACAAAUUCUGAAGAGCACCAAGUCUGGGAUAGUCACCUACGAUAUUGUGAGGCAAAGAAUCGGUCCCAUUUGUAUCGCGAACAGUGGAAAGCCCUUCGAGUCAAAGUGUUUGAGACAUGGACGGAGAAACCGAACAAUUUGUUGGAUUUUUCACUAGGUUGAAGAUAAUAAAGCUAACUUUCGCUAAUUUAUUUUGCGAUUUGUGUAUAGAA